GGGGGAUAGACCAGGCCGGGGGACGGACCGGACAUGGACAGACCGGACCGGGCUGAGCUGAAUAGAGCCGCUCGUGUUCCGAGCUCCGGGCCCGCGCCAAGCCACGCCCCGGCGCCGGGCGGCCGAUCUCCGGUGCAGUGGCGACGGCCACCGGCGGGGAACGGCUCGGCCUGUCAGGGAUCAGGGGCCGGGCCGGGCCGAGGCGCCGUCAUAAGAGCUGGGCUGCCGGGACAGCGGCCUGUCCGCUGCCCUGUUACCCCGGUCCCACACUUUAGAGGCACUGAAGGAAAACUUGGAAGUAGCAAAUCUUCUUCGUGAUUGUGUGCAGUGGAUGAUCUAGUGUCUGAACUGCUGUGGUGCAGCAACAAUGGAUGGUUUUGUGCAAGCAGUGGAGACUGCCAGUGCUAGGAGGGAGGAGUGGAACUGGCCUCAGCGGUUGGAGAGGCCAGUGUGUCUGUGUCUCAGCGCUGCAUGGCUGCGAUGGCGCCUGCUCUCACAGAAGCAGCAACGGAAGCUCACCGUAGAUUCAAACUGGCGACGCCUUCCUCAUCCCUCUCUCCCUCAGGCACAACUGACACAGACAACAGCAACUCCAUUAAUAACAGUACCAGAAGAAAAGCUUUUGCAGACGACCAUAGUCUGGAUUUCCACAAUAACGCUGGGAAGGAAGAUCAGUGUAAGUUGCUGUCUCCACGUUGCUGCUUUGAUGGAGGAUCUCGUCCACCGCCACCACCAGAAUCGGUGAAACUUCAAGGAUCUUUAAGCAAGCACGGAGUUAUCAAGACUCAUACGGUCCUGUCCCAUUCUUUGCUGGAAGCUGGUGUGCUUGGGUCAGAUCUGAUUGAUGGACAGGUAGCUGUGGAAUUUUCUCCUAAACUUAUUAAAACUAUGAAUGCUGGUAACAGUUAUCCAUCACUGCCACCUUCCCCAGAGCCACCAGUUAAUGGCUUGGCCAAGAAAUCUGCUGGCAGUCUACAUCUAGAUCACGAUUUGAAUGUUGCAAAGCCUGGAGGGAAAACAGUUUCCUCAGGGCUUCCUGCUAUUGGAUCCAGUCAAACUGAAGAUAUCCGUAAAUUAUCAUCAAUUAUGUCAUGUAAUGUAACAAAAACAGAUGUGGCGGUGGAACCAAGAAAAUUCAAACAAUUGAACACUGUUGAUGAGGAUUUACACAAAUCAGAGUUUGCCAGGCACUUAGUGUUUGGAGAAAAUGGUAUUGCGAAUACUAAAGUUAUGUCCUCGCCUGAGAUCUCUGGUGGUAUUUCUGGAAAUGCUGAUGCUCCGAGUGGUCUUUCUCCCUCCAAGACGAACACCUGCAAUAUUCUGGACACUGAGGUUCACAGUAGGACUUUGAUGGCUCAGACCAGACAAAGUGAAAUCAGAAGAAGAGCCUACAGACUUCGGAAACGACUGGAAGUUGUGCAAGUAAAGCAGGUGGAGCGCCAUGUUCAACAGCAACUCGGAGGAUUUGUGGAGAAAACUGCGCACCAUUUUCCGCCUUUGGAUUGCUUGAGGCGUCAGGAUGGGUCUUUACAAAAUAAUUAUGGCUGUAAAUCCAGUUCCAUUUCAUGGAAAGGGAACAAGAGUGCUUCAGAAACAUUGGUAAAUUUCUUCAAGAGCAGUUCAAUGACUAAAGGGCUUGAAAAAUUUAUUUCGAGCUCUGACUCAAAACUACGAUUCAGUGAGAAUGCUUUUGAUUCCGAUGUUACAGAGAGCAGCUCUGGUGGGGAGUCUGAUAUUGAAGAGGAAUCGAAAACCAAAGCAGAAACAAAGCAAUAUCUUGCACCUUUGCGGCAGUGCUCAGAAUGGCGGUGGGCAAUCGAACGGGCUUCUAUUGUGAGCCGCUGGAACUGGCUACAAGCUCAUGUAUCAGAUUUAGAGUAUCGCAUCCGCCAGCAGACAGACAUUUACAGGCAAAUCCGCGCCAAUAAGGGUUCAAUUGUGCUUGGAGAUGUUCCACCCUCAGAAGACACGAGCCAACUGCCAGUCUCCUGCUCAGGCAGAGCAGAAUGUCCAUCUCUAAUUGAUCCCAAAGCACACAGUGCUGGUGGCAAUCUUGACAUGUCAGUCCAUGGACGUUCUUCAUUACCCAGAGUUGUGGGUAAACAGGUUAUUCCCCCGGUUCAUCCCAAAGAAAAUGUGACAUCUUCUGCACCUAUCGAAUCUGCACCAACUAAACCCUGCUGUCACUCUAGGCCUGUCAAUGGAGUUGUCAACAGUGUUCACAGCUUACUUCCUGACAACAAUUCAGCCGACAACUUAGAUGCGGAAGAGCGACUAAAUAAAAAGCAGAGAUUGAAUUCAUUGCCUGUACCACUCAAUACUACCUGCACUGCAGCGCGAGUUCGCCCAGUACUAACUUGUAAAAAACGGAGACUCAUCAGACCCAGUACCAUGCAGCCACUCAACCAAAAGAACCAGCACCCUCUUAUUGUGAAAUGUAACUGUAAUGUCACAACAUCGUGUAUCAUGUGUAGCUCCAAGAACCCCGAGGCACGCGAGGAUCAGUACAACAUGCCCAUGUCAGAGCGACUUGCAUUGUUAGAUGCUUGUCUACACCCAGUCCUGUCAUUCUGUGAUGAUAUCCCACUGAACAUGCACUUGCAACCAGUUCUGAAAGGUUAUUCACAGAAUAAAUCACUGGAUAAGAACAAAAAGCUCUUGCUAAAGCACAAAGGCUUUUCGGUAGCAAGUUUGUCAGAUCCAUCCCGGAGAAUGCAGCAAAAACUAACAAACUCCAUACUCGCAUCAGCUAAGUAUACCUAUAAUAAGAAUCGUACAGAGAAGACGCAGCAUUUUGAUGAUUUGCUGUCUGUCUCCAAGUUCGAGAACGCUAAUGUACAAGAUAGAUUCCUCAACAAAAGGAGACACCGUGAUUCUUCAUCAGAAGUAAUGGAAGCUCGACGGGCCCUUUCAGAUAUGGGGAGCUCGUAUGGUUCUACACACACCUCAACCCACGGCUCAUUGCUGCGACGGUUAUCUUCAUCAGAGAGCUCUGCAUCAAGCAUGACCAACGCGAACACGAUGGCGUCCACUUUGCAGGCACUCAGGAAGCGAAGGGGAGAAAGUUCCUUUGAUAUUAACAACAUUGUGAUCCCAAUGUCCGUUGCUGCAACAACUCGUGUGGAGAAACUUCAGUAUAAGGAGAUCCUAACACCGAGCUGGCGUGUGAUGGACUUAAAACCUGAUGCAACAAAUCACAGACUCUGUGCAGAGGAGCAAGAAGAGAUGGAGGAUCUUUCUGAUGCAGCCUUUAGUUCUCGACACGCCCAAUAUGAGGAAUUUGAACGUUCCCGGUGGACAACGUGGUUGGCCUCCCCAGCUAGUGCCCAGAGGCGUGGAAGCAGAUCUUACAAAUCAACAGAUGAAAAUUUGACCCCGUUGCCUGCUUCUGAUGUCAGUUAUCACAGUCUCGGAGAUUUAACCGUUUCAGGUUCACCUUGCAGCCCUUAUCCACCAAUAGUCAAUACAGACAUGCAUUACUCGUUCCUUUCGCAAGAAAAUGUUGGACAGAGUUCAAAUGAGGAUACACGAUGUUCCACGCCGGAUAUUGGUUAUGAAGAGGAGGCUAUUCAUCCCUGGGAGAAGCGAACAUUCCCACUAACAUGUGACCCAGGGACAGAACGCGAAUGUCGAGCUGCAACUGUCCACAGGCAAACCAGAAACAGUCGCCGAUCAUCAGGAGGAAGUAACCAAGGAAGCAGGGAGUUAGAGAGUGGUGGACUGGCCACAGUUCAGCACGAUGACACGCAGAGGCAUUCUACAUCUCUGCGGCUCACACACAGAUAAAAAAAAUAGUGGCAGAUACACUUUUCUUGACGUUUGAUAUUCAAACAUCACCCAAACAAAAUUCACAGUUUUAGUGAAUUUAGAAUCCAUUUUUGACAACUUUCUUCAGUUAGAUUUUCUGUCACCAAUCUAAGUUAUUUUAACAGGUUAGUUUGAGUUAAAUUCUAGGGUAAAUGCUGGAUUGAUUGAUUCGUUGGCUAGUAAGCCAUAAUAAACCAAAACAAAGUUGUUUUAAAAAAUCCACGUAGCUACUGAUUAUUGAUCCUUCAAAUCAACAAUAGAAUAUACAUUCAGCAAUGUCCAAAAGCAGUUCAGUUUCAUAAUCACGUUUGCUACUGUUUUUGCUGUACAUUGUUUCCUAUUUUAAGCUUUGAAGUGUACAUCAGCUAGGUGCACCUGGGCCAGCAGCUCCACCCGGAAGGUUCACUUGAAUCGCACCCCAUAGUGGUUUAAUUUUAAUUUGUUCUUCAAUUGGUGAGUUGGAAUAUAAUAGUCAUGGGCACUGAUUUAGCUGAUGGGGUUCAAAGAAGAAUUGAUUGCUGCAUAGCUGUGGAUAUUUUGGAGAGUCGGGGGCAUCUGCACUCUUGCUGGGCCUUUCUCUUUCCUGAAUCUUGAUUUCAAGCCACUAUUGAGUGAUAGCCUGUGAUCAGAUGCUUGGAAUGGGGUUGGCCGUUGAAAAGAGGAUCAUCGGAUGCUGAGUCAAAAGUCCAAUGAGAGAUGAUUUGGGUCAAGAGAGGGAUGAAGAGGCAAACAGUUACAGAUAACAUGUUGGAUAUAGCAUCUCAGUAAAAUGAGCUGUCUCUUUAAACCAUUCAGAACCUUGUGGUUGCUUCAGCUCCUUUAACAUCAACGUACGCGACAGUCCCUUUCAGGAACCAUGAACGUGGUGAAGAGAAAUGAAUGUUGUGUUUCCAAAGUGAUUCUCGUGGUAUAUUAAUCAUCAGGGAUGCAAUAUCCUCAUCUGAAUUGCAAGUGAAAAGUUGUCCUGGUAAUCGAUUCUUUGUUGAAAUAAUUAAAGGCUUAAUGUUCUCUAUAUAUAGCUUAAUACACUGAAUCCUUGGGUAGCUAUUUCAGCACUCACCCAGACUAACUGAGAAGCAUUACAGUACAAGAAUGCAAGCUCCAGUAGUUUACAUUUUUUUAAAAUUGUUAAUUGCAUAUCCAUGAUCCAUGUUAGGGUUGAUUGAGCGAUAAUUCAUCUGUUGUAAAAGUCAAGGCUCCUCUACCAAAUGAGGCUGUAAUGUAAAUAGCCCUGAAGGUAGGUCAUUCGGAUGCAUUUCCAUCAUCUCCAACCAAAACAGUAACCUGCUGUAUCCAUUUUCAUGCAUUGUUAUGCAGUAUCUCAUUUCAACCUUCAUUAGCAUUAACACUGAUGAGUUGAAUCUUUGUCACAUAUGCAAUUGUGGAUCUGAUUGAGGUAAUCAAUAGUCAGGAUGAAUAGAGGAAGUUUAGAGGAACACCUGCAGGGUUCCAUGCUCAAACCCUUUCAGAAUUGCUACAGCACCUUGCCCUUGGAGAGAACCUGUAAUGAUUUUACGCGUUUGUAUCUAAGUUCUGAUUUACUUGGAUCUUUUCCACUUUCUGAUAAUAGUGACAUGCAUUCAAAAGGCUGCCAAUAAUAUAAAUCAAUAGUAAAGCUACUUACAUACAAAACAUCUACCACAGAUGGGCAAUAGCUUCCACAAAGAAAUGGGACAGUGCAGAGAAAUUUUCACUGGCAUUUCAUGCCAGUUCUGUAAAGGUUGUUUCCCCAUCUGCUCUGUGCUUUAAAAGCUGUGCUACAAGUGCAAUGCUCUGUUCAGGAUAGGCACAUUCUCAAGCCCAUCCACAAAUGCGACUGCAGUCUGUGCCAGGGAUUUAAAAUUGGAUUGAAUAGCCUACUUUGUACAGGUAGUACCAAAUGCCAUUCAUUCAACUCCCUUACCUCAGUGCAGUGACUGUGUGGGUGCCCUCUGACUUGAUUGAUCUAGGUUGAUGUAGUCUGAUUACAUAAUGAUUUGGAGAGGGAGAGGCUGACUGUCUCCUGAUGAGAGGGAGUCAACACUCUGAAAGUAGUUUUGUCCACAUACCGAUUGUUAGUUGCAUUGAGCCCAACUACUCUUGUCCUGGUUGUGGUGUAAUUGAUCGGAGGGAAGGAAAACACUCUAGAAUGUUGCUGGUUGUGGAGAGAUGGCAUUAAUGAGCUGUUUCCAUCGUGCAUCUUCUGAAUUAGACAUCAUCUCAUGGUUUAUCCUUGUGCUUUGCCUUUACUCAUUGUGGCCAUUCCAAUUUGCUCAGACAUCUGACUACUUUUUAAAUGUGCAUUCGAUCAAAGCUUUUUUGUCGAAACUGUAAAAGAUUAAUGCAAGGUGGAGGGUUUAUGUUGGGUUGAUGGGGUUUACAAAUCUGCCAGAGUAAAUAUCAGAGAAACCUGAUAAGAUCUGUGGUUUGCCAAAGAAAAGACUUAACAAAAAUGGGUCUUAUCAGCACUGGGCAACAGGAUCCAUAAAACCCAGUUACUGUUUAGUUUUCUGGAACGUGCUAACAUAUUUUAAAUAAUUUUGCAGGUGGGGGCUGUGGUGCAUAACACAUGGGUGUAUAUUUUAUGCACAAUUGAUCAAUUAACCUGACCUCCUUACCUCUUUGGGAGCAUAGGGUAUGUAGAUUUGAACAGUGACUCUAAAUCAGUAUUAACCUAUAUUUAGGUUUCAACUAAUGUUCCUCUUUUCUCAGCACUUAGCAUUCUGUGAAUGCGGAACAUAGGAAACAGCUUGGUAAAAAGCAUAACAGAUUCUCUCAUUCACUCUAAACCAAAUUUAUCUUAUCAACUGGCCAGAUCUUCAGCUUGUUGAGGAACAGCAUGAAAGGACAAGCCAUAUUGUUUUUAUUGUAUUCGCCUUCCAGCCCAGAGCUUUGGAACUUGAAUCUGAGAUUUAUAACAGAAUCAGCAUAAUCAAAAUUUACCGCAUUACAUUUAGACCAUUUUAUGUUCAUGGCAUGGAUUAAAUCUAUGGCCCAACUUUUGUCCCAAUUAAUUACACCUUAAUCACCCGACGAGUGUUGGUUUACAUUAGGAUAGUUCAGGCUAAAUCUUAAUGUCCUGUGUCUGCUACACCAGUUGUUGUCUUAGUUAUGAUUCUCACUGUGUUUGUUGUAUCACUCCAGUUGAAUAGGUAGUCCACGUUUUCUGAAGCGUUUGUGUUCUCUAGCUUUCUAGUAUUAAAUUUGAUUGGCAAGAUCCACUGGCCACUUUCCCAGUGUUGAAGUAGUGUUGCUUUUCAAUCAUGCUCUGAAGGUGCACAAUCCAGACUUCCUCACAAUAAUCUGCUUUCAGCUGUUGAAAGAGCAGUGGAUAGGUCAAUCCCUUUGGCAGUUUAUCUACACCUGUUGAAAUAUUGAGAGUAAAUGUUAGCAGAGUUAAAAUCAGUUAGUUGUCAAAUGAAGAGGAACUGCAUGUCUGCAAGGGCCUACCUGAAUCUUCAUUCCCAUCAGACAUUGUUUUCAAGCCUACACAGUCAUAGCACGAUUGCUGUAGGAAAGAACUGCAAAUGCUGGUUUAAAUCGAAGGUAGAUACAAAAUGCUGGAGUAAUUCAGUGGGACAGGCAGCAUCUGGGUGACGUUUCCAGACGAGACCCUUCUUCAGACUGAAGAAGGGUCUCGACCCGAAACGUCACCCAUUCCUUCUCUCCAGAGAUGCUGCCUGGCCUGCUGAGUUACUCCAGCAUUUAGUGUCUACCAUAGCACUAUUGCUGAUGGAUUGACCAUCUGCGUGGGUCAGCCUGGCCUGGUUUCCCACCUGCUCUGUCCUGUCGUACGGUGUUACAGAAUUGUUUAAAAAGCCUGGUGUUAAAUUCCUAUUUCAGAUAUAAAUUAUUUUGUGUUUGUGCUACAGAUACGAUGGGGCCAGUUCCACUCUUUGUCAGUCCCUGUGACCCAAUCAUUCUGAAAAUUGUUCAAUUAUACCUGUUUCCAUGUGGUGUCGAAAGCUUUGUUAGCCUUGUGCCUGUCUUUGUAUAUUUCCACUUUGGACAUUGAGAAGUGUAAAGACAAAAUCAGUUUUCUUUUUGAUCUUUUUAUAUUCAUUAAAUGAAAAUUGUAGCUGACUGCUUUGAUUGUGGUGUCCUUACCCUUGUAAAAAAAAAUCUAUUUUGUACAUUUUCUUUUUGAAAGCUGUGUAUGGAGGUAUGGGCUGUCAUUGUCCUCAUUGUAUAGAAUGUUUUUCUUCAUUCAGGAAAGCAUUACUUUAUGAUUUAACCAACCCGAAUGUUAAGCACAACUUGUGCUUAUAAAAAUAAAAUUUUAAAAAUAGUUUAAAGAUU